CCGACUAUUUUUCAUUAUUUCGCAAUAUAUUUCCUUUAUGUACCCCUUAAGGUCCUUUCGCAAUAAUAAACCCUAUUUAACCUUAUGACGUGGUGGUUUUCAGAUAAGCGCAUGCGUGUUCUUGUCUUGUCAUUAACAUCCGUCAAGGCAAAGGAGCAGCAACAAUGAAGUACCUGGAGGUUGCCGUCGUUAUCUUUAUUUGUAUUUCUUGUUACAUCGAUGUUGGAGAAUCCAUUAAAUGUCAUGUAUGCAAUUCAUUUAAAGAACAACAGUGUGGAGAUGAAUUUCCAAAAGAUAACACCAAUUUUUUGAAAGAAUGUCCUGCUAAUUAUACCAUGUGCAGGAAGAUUGUCCAAAAUGUGUAUUAUGGAGAUGACUGGAAUAUGCGUUACAUUAGAGAAUGUGCUAUGACUGGAGAAGUAGAAGAUUCUUGUAGAGAAAGAACAGGAACCUACAAGGUCAAGGUUAAAUACUGUCAUUGUGGUGAACCAGAAUGUAAUGGAGUAACACAAAACAAGAUCAACUUUAUGGCAGCUCUCAUCCCCUUGUUUGUUGCAGCUCUGUUUACAUUCAAGAAGUUAUGAUGAAAAUGACUUAUAAAAAACUUUAAAACCACGGGUACUUCAUUGACUGUUAAAUAUCUAUGCAUUACCACUCCCUGUCACAUCCAUUUAAGAUCUAGUAAGAGUGUAAACUCUUGAUGUGACAGGAGACGAUUUUAAGGAAAGAAGAGGAGGUCAUGAUGAAACAAAAAACGCAUAGUUUGAUCUAAAUUCACAAGUUUGUGUGAUGAGAUGAGAGUUGAUGAGAGAAUGGAACAUAUGUGAAUACUGUUCAUACAAUUUUAUGUCUGUAAACAAUAAAACAAGCAAUGAAAUUUUUGUGCUGAUUAAAAAAGGAACCAAUGCUUAACAUUUUAACAUCUGAAAUACACAAAAAUUGGUGCAAGAAUAAUCUAUGCUUGUUUUAUUGAUUUUAAUGCUACUUUUAUUUUGUAUUUUUAUUACAUAUCCAUAAUUCACUGCUGUAGAAUAUUUUAAUGAAAAUAGUCAUUUGUUAAAAAGGAACCAGUGCUUAACAAAAUCAACAUCAAACAUAUAACAAUAACAUAUGUCUUUGUUUUGUUUCAAUAUUUUACAGCUUUUUCAUUUUCAUUGUUCAUAAAUGUAUCAUUAUAGGGCAGGGAAGAUAAAUGAAAUUUCCAGUUUUGAAUAAUUUGGUUUGUCAGAUCUAACAUUCCUAUCACUGAAGGGAAGUGCUUUAAACUAUACAUGUAUAAUCAUAGAAUACUAUGUGUUGAAAGCAAUUCUACCGUCAUUUAUACCAGAGCUUUUUGAAUCUCAAGUAGUGAAAAUUUCACUUAAUUCUAAUCUUAUAUUUGCAUAUUUUUGGGGAAAAGAAAUUAAUAAAAAAAAGAAUCCAGCUUCUUGUCAGUUUAAAUGUAUGAAUAAAUUUGGUUGUUUACAACUGUACUUAAUUGAUUUUAAUGAAAACCUUUUUUUUACAUCUUUUAUAAGUGGCAAGGAUUCUUAAUAAACUUCUGAAAUCUUA